UCCGCGCCCCACUCGAUUGGGAGUUUGGGACGCAAUUCAAAAGGGGACGAGGGCAGGUCAGGCGCUCGGCGCUCCUCACGAGCAACGGCUACCACACGAAACAAUUUCCUCUUCCUCCUCAGCGGCACCGUCUCGUCGUCACCUCCCUCCUCUUCCCUUCCCGCGGCCCCCGACGCCCUCCGUCCCUCGUCGUCAUCCAGUCAUCCCCUACACCCGAUAAAAGGUACGAUGGAAGAAGCAGCCUGCACCGCUGCUCCGAGCCUCCCUUAUCACUCUCCGUGGAUCAGGACCGCUCCCGUCAGAGUAGUGGCGAAGAUUUGCCCGGGCGGAGACCCCACUGGAUCCAUGCAGGUCUCCGCCCGUGUUCCCGAUCCGGCUAACUCCUCCUCCGCUUCCGUCUCAUUCGUCCCCAUAAUCAAGGAGUCUGCUCUUUCUAAUAUGACCCACCGCAAACAUCGCGAGCACAAACUCGAUUGGUGCUAUCUCAACGACGAUUCGUACACAGACAUUUUUCACAACGAGGUUAAACAGCUUGUGGAUAAAAUCUUCUCCUCUGAUGGCCACAACCACGCAUGUGUAGUCACUUGCGGUUCCACUAGCAAAACCCACCUUGUUAUAGGGUCCGAUCAUCAACCGGGCUUGCUCACUAUGGCCAUGGAGCGAAUAUUUGACUAUGCCAAACCUAUUAGGGCAACUGUCAGUGUUUCCUCUUAUCAUGUGCUUCAAGACAGCCAUGUCUUUGAUCUUUUGGAUCCUAAGAACAACGAGGUCCUUGUGCGAGAGGAUGCUGAUGGAAGGACUCAUCUGAAGGGCCUCUCUAUGGUUGAAAUCAAUUCAAUUCAGGAGUUUCAGAAUUUGUGUUAUGAUAGUGACAAACACCAAAAUCGCACCAAAGUUUCCAAAGCUAAAGGACACAAUGGUUUUAUUAUUUUUAUUUCUAAAUCUGAUCAGAAUGGCAAAGAAUCCUCUGUAUCAAAAAUGCAUUUUCUUGAGUUGGCAGACCAUAUCAAUGAUAAGCAAAAGAGCCAUGGUGAAAGAUUUGUUCAACAAAAUUCCAAGAAGUCCUUAUAUGCCGUGAUGGAUGUUGUGCAAGCUCUAAACAGCCACCAGAGCUUCAUACCCUAUAGAAAAAGCAAAAUAACCCAUAUUUUGCAAGACUCUUUAUCCAAGACAGGUGGUGCUUUAUUAAUAGCAUGUUUGGAUGAAGUCUCAUGCCAAGAUGCAAUCUCUACUCUAAGCUUGGCUUCACGCUCAAGCCAAGUGGUCAAUGAACAACGGUACAACUUAUCCUUAAUCACAAAAGGUUGUUCAAAGUCAAAUGUAAAGCUUUCAGUGAACAAUAAGAAUUUGUCAAGAUCGUUAUUGUCUUCUAUCCAACAACAAAGUCCCGUGCUGGAGAAGCCAUACAAAACCCAAGUUAAUAACAUUGCAGUAAAAGCAACAAGAUCUCUCAAUGCCAAUAAGAGAUCUGAAACAAGCACACAUUCAGCAAAAAAGACUGUAAACUUAGUCUCUGCUUCGAUUAAUUUGAAACACUCUGGUGCUAAGUCUAUUCUAAGGGAAAGGAACUUCUUUAUUCCAACUACUAAUUCAUCAAAGGAAGAUAAGAAAACUUUUGUGACAACUGCGGUAAGGAAACAUGAGAGCGAUAUGCAGGAGAAUCACAAUGGCACAAAAAAUAUUGUAGUAUCAUCUGAAAUGCAAGUAGUACCUUGCAGCAUGAAAGAGAUAGUAUCAAGUGACAUGAAAGAAGAGGAUCAUUCCUCUCCAGGUUUUCUUGCAGAGAACUUAUUUGCUGACUUGGGCUUUACAUGUUCAUCUAAUGCAGCUGAUAAAACAACUGAGGAAAAUCCAGCCACCGUUCUCCAAUCUUCUCCGAAGAUAAGCGACCAAUUGAGAAAGAUAUCAAAUUCACUGAAGCUUCUUAAUUCUAUGGCACCUAGUAUAGUAAAACAGAAAACAGAUAUAGUUCGUCCACAAUCCUUUGACUUAGUUGAAGCAGAACCAAAAACUCCUGAGGUCAACUUAAAACUUUGGCAUGCUCAAGAUGCACAAGAAUCACUUAAGGCUCGUAGCACAGGGAUUAAGAAAUCUCUAGCUAAGGAGUGUUUGUUGUUUCUAAACAGCGCUAAUAAGGAGCAGUUAAAAAGUUUAAAGGGUAUUGGAGAGAAAAGGGCAAACUAUAUACUUGAGCUUCGAGAGGAGUCACCAUUGAAAGAGAUUGAUGAUCUUAAAAGCAUAAUUGGGAUGAGCAAAAGAGAGAUCGACAAGAUGAUGUCAAAGUUGAUUUCGGACUCGGAGAUGAACGAGUAAGGGUUGUAUUGAUCUCUUCCCACUUAGGAAAGGAGGAGAAGGUCAUAGUUCUAAAUUUAAAUAUCGAUGCUUGUUGUUAUCAGAUCGCUGUGGAAUCCAGAUGAUUUUGGGUGUUGCUUGUGAGAAUAUUCUGAUGUUUUGUUUUUUUAAAAAAAAUUACAGGAAUGUCUUCUCUACGUAUAGGUUUUAUACAGGAAUGUCUUGUCUACGUAACGUAUAAGUUUUGUUUUUAAAAAAAGAAUAUAAUCGGGUGGAAGGCUUUCAGGUUUGCUGUAUUAGACAAAAACCUAUCAGUUACCCUGUCAUAUUGUGAGUGUGCAUAUUGUCAUAUUGUUA